AAAGAGAGAGUCUUCGAAAUAUUUUGUUUUUUUUUCAUUGACAUUUUGGGAAACAAAUGGCUCUAAAUAUGGAAGGUGGAGCCAUGCAUUUUUACGAUGAAAUCGAACCCUUUUGUCGAUGGAAGAGAACUGAAGACAUCGACAUUCUUGAGCUACAUCUUCCUUCAGGUUUGAAGAAAGAGCAUCUUAAAAUACAGAUCAACAACAAUGGUAUGCUAACAAUAACAGGAGGCUGUCCAGUAGAUCAAAAUAAAUCAAUCAGGUUCAAGAAAGAAACAAAAGUUGCGAAAAAUUGUAGAAGAAAUGAGAUUCGUGCAAAGUUCUCAAAGGGAGUUUUGUAUGUGACAAUGCCAAAGACAAGCUCUAUAACAGCUAGUCCCUUGGCUGCUUUGAAGGGAUCCACAUCACACCCUAAAGCAGGUGCUGAUAUGAGAAAUUCACCAAACUGUGCAAGUGAAUUUAAUAGCAAGUUUGGGUCAUUGAGACAAAGACUAUGGAGGAAGACAGUGGUUGAAGGUGUGGCAGCCAUGGUGGUUGUGACUGGUGCAGUUGUUGGAGUGGUCAAAGCGUACCAAUAUUUUUUGGCAUCACCAGUGUGAUCAAGAUUCAAUAAGAUCAUGGUGCUUUGUUUGAUCAUGUUGGUAUGAUGUAAUACAAACAUUCUUAUGUUUCACUUUAAAAAGGUUAUUCUUCAUUAAAAUUAAAUAAGUAUAAA